GAAAGUGACGAUGACAGCAAGGGAGAUCCUGAUGAUGUUCAAAUAUUGGAAAGUUUAGAUGAUAUAAAAAAACAAAAACAAAAAUCCCAUUAUCUGUUGAAAAUAAAUACAGAUCACUAAUAUCAAUUCUUUCUAAUAUGACCUUACAUGAGUUAACAGCUGGACUCUGUAGCUUCAUUAAAUCAAUUAAUUACACCGAGAUUUUAGAGAAAGUAUGGAUCCGAAGUUCAAAACCAUAUCCAAUUAGCUUGUCUCUCAGAAAACUACAAGGAUUGCUAAAGGAUGAUUUACCCAUGGACCGUGAUUGCUUUAAUUUGAUCGUACGGAAGAUUAUGUUGGAUGACAUCCAAACAUCACAAAAAACAAAGCAACUGAUAGCAAAGCAUUAUCUCGACAUGAAAUUUUGGAUGACUACUGAUUUUGGAAGGCACCCAGAUUUUCGUAAAAAGUUAGAUGUGGAGCAACUAGCAAAUUCUGUUCGUAGUUGGCCUGGUAUCAAAUAUAAUGUUUCAACAUGCAAAUCGAUCCAUAUUCCAGUACAAUGCAUUGAUGAAUUCAUUCUAUUCACAUUGGAUCAAGAUACCAGAACAGUGUACAUUUUGGACCCUACUCCUAUUAAUCCAAUGUACCGAUACAACCCACUCGCAAAAUAUGUGAAAAAAAUUAUAUGGAUUUCCGAACAUUUACCGAAAGCAAUGUCAAAAGCAUGCCCUGGGUCUAGAUGGAACGAGGAUAUUCUCUUAUGGCAUCAUAGAAUCCUAGAUGAUAUUCCAGUUUACAACAGGGAACUGUCUGGUUAUCUUGUUCCCCUAUUCAUGUCCACAUGGGAAGACGAAAGACCACAUUUGCCAUUUUUAAAGGAUGGAUAUGAACUCAGAAAACUAAUUUUGGGCCAACUACUAACAUUCAAGGACAAUGAAUGUGAAGAUAACAUGCCUGCUGGUGUACUGGACUUCAUCAAUUGUAUUAGGAAAAUCCAAAGUUAAACGGGGAGCUCAAUCGGUGGAAGGUAAUUUGUCAGAGAGAUUUCUUGCAGCCAACAGUUAAUAGACAAUGAGCAGGGAGACGAUGAACAUGUAGAGAUGGAUUUUUUUCCUUUGAGAAAUUAAUAGUAGAUUUUGGUUUCUACUUAAGAUAU